GACAUGGAAUGGAACAAUAAUAGGUCAAGAGGAAUGGAAUGGACCAAUAAUGGGAGACGAAUGUCAAAAGACAGUAAUUGGACUGAGACAACUGAUAGAGAAACAUUCAGUGAAGGUCCGUAUGAUGAUAACGAUAGUGUCAGUGAAUUCGAGCUUGCUCAAUCACGAGAUAACUAUAAAGAAAAGAGAUCUAUGAGUGAACCGAUGGAGCGAAUGGGCUCUCCCCUCCGUCCUUUACAGAAAGAGCCCCAGAGAACGGAAAGAGUCGUCUCUCCACCUCAUGUUGCACACCAAGCAAUAGACUUGGAUGAACGAGAUUUCAAAAAUUUAAACGAGGUCGCAGAUGUCACGGAAAAUUCAUUGAACGAAGAAUCCACUUCAGAUAAUUUAGUAGACAAAAAAUCAAAUCGAACAAGCAUUUUUAUAACCGAUGAUGUGUGGAAACAACUUUCAAAUACUUUAGAUGGAACCAUUAACCCAUUUUUUGUAAAUCCCGAAGAAAGAUUCAAGAACGUCGAGGCAGAUGCGGUAUUGUCUCCUAUACAAGAAGUAGAAAUUCCAGAAUUACUGAACACACCCGAAGGAACUUCCCUACGAAAGAAUACGGUUAUUAAAAUAUCAGAAAAAGAUGAUUCCACACCCCUAAUACACUCCGAAGAUCAGAAAACCAUGGCUACUGAGGCGAAUAUCCCGGUUUCUGAUGCCUCCUGCGUAAACAACUUAACUGAUUCAAUAGAAAAGAAGGAUUUGAUGACAGUUGUCGCUGAUAGUUCGGCAAAUAUAGUAUCCAUGACGGAAGAACCGUCACAGUCUGUAUCAACUGCAAGCAAAAGAGAUUCUGUAUCAAGCGCUCGUGAGCGCGCAUCAAAACAUAUCGAAAAUUCUUCUUUUCCUGUCUCUACUCAGGAGAGGAAACUGUUACUUGUAACCUUGUUGGCUCAUUUGAAUAAUCACGAAGUAGAUUACUAUCUUUUCCGUAAAUUGGCACGGUUAUCCAAAGAAAUUUCGUUAAAAAACAAAGAACUUGCCGAUGAUAUUUGGGAAUAUGGCGAAAGAUUUAGGGAAUUAAUGAACGCCUUAAUAGGAUUCUUGACAGAAACGGAAAACUCGGAGAUGAAAGAAAAUGCAAUAAUAUUACUCGACCAAUUUCUCGAGAAUCAAUUCGACUACAUUCUUAAUCAAAGGCUUGAAAGAGAUAUCUUGCGUGUUUUAAUUGAAUGCCGAGCCGAAUCAUCUAAUGCCAUUUAUUUUCAUGCCGAAGAGAUCCUGGAGAAUUAUGUUCACAGAAUUGAUAGUAGUACUGGUUUGUAUGCACUUAUUGAUAUCAUGGAAUCAAACUUGUUUAAGAAUAAGGAAGAUUCAGAUGCGCAAUCGAGGAUGAAAGCAUCCGCCUUUGCAGUUCUAUCACGAAUAGUUAUGAGAUUCGAUAAAGGAUCUUUGAAAAGGCAGAUAGGUAUAAUAGUUCCAUUGACGAUCAAGGGAUUUGGUGAUUCAAGGCCAAGCAUAAGGAAAUCAGUUGUUGAUGCUCUCGUUGCUUUAUACUCGGUGUUAGGAGAUGAUAAUACAUUUUUUGAAUACCUUCGUGGCCUCAGUCCGGCACAACUAAAUCUUCUCUAUUAUUAUUUCGAUAAGAAUAGAAGUCAACCGUUGAAACAACGGCAGUUAGACUGA